AUGGCGGUCGAAGCCGACGCGGUAGCGCGCGCGCUCGAGCUCAUCGACGACGACAGGCUCGUCGCGGGCGCGCGCGUCCUCCGCGCGGCGAACAUCUCUCCCUCCGCCUCCGCGUCGUCGUCGUCGUCGUCGGACGCGAAUCUGAAGCUCGCCGCGUCGCUUCGCAAGGCGUCGCGCGUCGUCGACGUCGUGCGCUCGCUCAAGGCCACCCCGGACGAGCGCAGCGGCUGGCUCGUCCAAGGCGAGCACAUGGGCAAGAGGGACGUGUCGAUAUACUACCGCCUCGACCCGGAGACGAAGACGAAGCUCACCGCGCGCGUGGAGUCACCGAUCGACGAGUCGCUCCUCGUGCCGAUGAUCAGGCGCGACUUUUGCGAGCGUCUCUCUCCGCCCACCCCCCGCUUUCAAUCCCCGCCCUCGACGCCUUUCAACUCCGCUUCUGACGCCUAUGAACUCCACCCCGACGUCAUCGCUUCGUACGGAACGACCCUCGUCAGCGUCCUGAACGAGAGCGAGCUGUACGCCACGUGGCUGCCGAACUGGACCGUCCCGCGGUUCAGGGUGCGACGAAGCGUGAAGCUGUCGCAGAGCGGGCGGUGCUCGCAGGUGGUGCUGGUGACGUGCGAUCUCCCGUGGCCGUUCUCUCCGCGCGAGUGCGUCCUGGACGCGUGCGGCGUGGACGACAUCGAUCACUCGGGGGACAUCGCGGUGCUCGUGAGGUCUUUGGACGGGCUCGACGACGACGACGACGACGAGCGCGAAGAGAACGAUGACGAUGACGCCGCGGCGAAGGCGUCGAAGAGGAAGACGAAGAAGAGGGCGGAGGGCGAGUUCGAGGCGCCGCCGCCGGAUGACAAGUCCGUCGUGCGGAUCGGAUUUCACGGCGGGUUUUUGUUCCGCGCGCUGCCGCCCGGGUGGAAGACGUAUAAGCGCGCGAAGAAGGAUAAGAAGAAGGAUACGAAGAGAGCGAGCGCGAGCGCGGGCGCGUCUUCCGGGGAGACCGACGAGGGCACGGACGGCGGCGGGUGGGGGUGGGGGAUGGGGUCGUGGGGUCUCGGCGGCGGCGGCGACGCGAACGACGGCGGCGACGGCGACGACGACGUCGAGCCCAAGAUCACCCCCGGGCACCUGGACGACCCGGACGCGGAAGCGCUGCUGCACGCCGCGGAGGAGGACGUCCUCUCGAACGCGCGCGUGCCCGCCGCCGCCGGGGACGCCGGGGACGGGGACGGGGACGGGGACGGGGACGGGGACGGGGACGCGGGCGGGAAAAAACAACUUCUCGUCUCGGUGCAGAUGUUCAUAGACCCCAAGCUGGAAUACGUCCCGUCGUCGCUGAUGAACUUCGUCGUGCGGACGGUCACGUACACGAUGUGGUGCAUGCUGUUGCGGGUCGCGGAGGGGAUCAGGGACGGGAAGAUGCCGGAGCAUCAGACCGCGAUCGAGUCGAAGGCGCGUCCCGGUCGCGCCUUUGGUCCCCCCGCGCGCCGCGCCGUUCCUCCGUGA